CGACAGGGGAACCGAUCCGCCACGGGAAGACCGCCGGCGCGGUCCGCGUCUCUCUUGGUCUUCACCGCUGGCGCGCUGGGUUAUUCACAAGCAUGCCUGCAGGCGUUUCUCUCGUCUGAACCACUGCUCGCUGUGUGCUGCCAGCCUUGGACGGUGUUAGCAGAGGCGGGUGUGUACUUGCGUGGCGGCAUGCAGCGGCGGGGCCCAUCGUGGUCUCCUCGUUGAGGCCGCUGGGGUUAUUCAUUGUUGCGCGUGGUGGGUGGCUGCAGUACAGGCUCGAGACGGGCAUUCAGGCGGGGCCACGACUGCCCGCCCGAGGUUUCCUUUUGCGGAGCGAUGUAUGCUCGUUUGUCUCUCUGGCGCCUUGGGUUGUUUGACCCGUGCCGCGUGCGGCUGCGGCGCGUGGCUAUUGAGUCAGACUUACAAAACGGGGGCGCGGAGCCUGGAGGGAGCGAGCGCCCCCCCCGCAGCCUGGCUGAAAAAUUCAGACUUUGUUUUGUGCCUACUUGGAAAAGGUGGAUCUGCCUCAGCUCUACGGCCGAGCGACAGGAUGCGCGCCCGCCGUUACGUGGCAUCCAUCAGCGCCUCCCAACAAGAGACGGCGCAAGGCAUGGCAGUGCCACCGGUGUGAAUAGGUGA